AUGAUGUCUGGAGAAGCUUGGCUGUUUUUGUUGUCGGUGCUUAUCAACGCCGUCAACCUCUUUUUACAGGUUUUCUUCACUAUUAUGUACAGUGAUUUGGAAUGUGAUUAUAUUAACCCCAUUGACCUCUGCAACCGACUCAAUACCUAUAUCAUCCCCGAGGCUGCUGUGCACGGUUUCUUGACCUUCCUCUUCCUCAUCAACGGUUACUGGAUCCCUCUCAUUCUCAACUUGCCUCUCCUUGGCUGGAACGUCAAGAAGAUUGUUGACAACACUCAUCUCCUCGAUGCGACUGAGAUCUUCCGCAAGCUCAAUGUUCACAAGAAGGAAUCUUUCUUCAAGCUUGGCUUUCACCUGCUCAUGUUCUUCUUCUACCUCUACAGCAUGAUUGUUGCUCUUAUCCGAGACGAGUCCUCCUAA